GAUCACAAGCUGCCAAAGCACUUUUGUACACACACAUAUACGAACUACAGUUUAGCAAAGGCCGUACGUAAGAGCAACUACGUUUCUCCUUAAUUAAAUACAACUCACUUCGAUCUCCCUUACUGUCAUUGUUUCUACUCUCAUCAUCAUGGGGAGAGGAAGUUCAAACCACACAAUCAUCUUGAUAUUUGUAGUAGUACUGCUCGCCCAGCUUGAUGCCUCAUUGGUGCGUGGCCAAACCACUCGGGUUGGAUUCUAUUCGAAAACAUGUCCUCGAGUAGAAUCCAUUGUUCGAUCCACUGUUCAAACCCAUUUCCGGUCUAAUCCCACCAUCGCUCCGGGGCUGUUGAGGAUGCACUUCCAUGACUGCUUUGUACACGGCUGCGAUGCUUCUAUCCUUAUUGAUGGGGCUAAUACUGAGAAAACAGCUCCACCUAAUAGUUUAUUAAGGGGAUAUGAAGUAAUUGACGAUGCCAAAGCCAAGCUCGAAGCUGCAUGUCCUGGAGUCGUUUCUUGCGCUGAUAUUCUUGCCCUUGCUGCCCGCGAUUCUGUUUUUGUGACCAAAGGAUCAAGCUGGCAGGUGCCGACUGGACGCAGAGAUGGCAGGAUAUCUUUGGCCUCAGAUACCUCUAAUCUGCCUGGCUUUAGAGACUCCGUUGAUGUUCAAAAGCAAAAAUUUGCAGAGAAGGGUCUCGACACUAAAGAUCUCGUCGCCCUAGUUGGUGACACACCAUUGGAACUGCAGCAUGCCAGUUCUUCAGAUAUAGACUAUACAACUUUACUACAAGCGGAAACGAUGCUGAUCCUACCAUUGACCCAACUUUCCUGCCUCAACUCCGAGCUCUCUGCCCACAAAAUGGCGACGGAACAAGGCGUGUUGGACUAGAUACUGGUAGCCAAAACAGAUUUGACUCAUCUUUCUUCAACAACCUGAGGAACAGCCAUGGAGUACUCGAGUCUGAUCAAAAGUUAUGGAUUGAUGCCUCCACAAGGACUUUUGUUCAGCGUUUCUUGGGUGUGAGAGGAUUCGGUGUGGAGUUUGGAAGGUCCAUGGUGAAGAUGAGUAACGUUGAUGUUAAAACCGGUACUGAGGGUGAGAUUCGCAAAAUAUGCUCUGCAAUUAAUUAACUACUCGAUCAAUAGUACUACCGCUCAGUGAUCAGAAGGGGAUGGCAAAAAAAACUUAUAAAUUAGUGUGUUUCUUCAUUUAAUUAUAGGCGUAAGCCGAA